AUGGACAACGAACAAGCCACAUUUUGGCUCUCGCAGUUCAUUGGCAAGAAUCUGCGGAUUCAUGCCUCUGACGGGCGCGUCUUUGGCGGGCAGAUGAAGUGCACUGACAAGGACCGCAACAUCAUCUUGUCUCUUGCGUAUGAGUAUCGUGCGCCUUCUGCUGAAGCCAUUCGCAAGGCAGUUGAAGAGUCAGGGAACCCGUCUGCAAAGGUGACUUGGAGCAGUCGCUACGUGGGGUUGAUCGUUGUGCCAGGCCAGCAUGUCAAGAAGAUUGAGUUCGAAGAGAGCACAUUGCCAGGUCAAAAGAGCGGGGUCAUUCUUUGA